CCUCUAUAUUCCCCUUACGGCUCUCCUUCCUUGCAAGACUUCCCAAAUACGAGAGCGAAUUUCGGCCUCACCGGCACACAACCACCACUAUCCGGACAGGCCGAAUCGACGACACCACCCUUCCAGGUUCGCCACUGCCUCUGAGCAGAGGGCGAUCCGAGGCACUGUCCCUGAAAGUUGGCGCAACGCUGAAUGAGGUCUGGCAGGAAGUUGAUCGUCAACAAUUAAGGUGAGUCCACCUAUUGCUCAAUCGCUGGAAAAUCGGCCUCUUGUUACGCAAGGAUGGCUUCGUUCUGACUGCCAGCCGGAAAAUGGACGUGCCAAGCUAGUGGCAGCCAGUUAGGGACGCAAUGAAAAAGCGCAAGUUGGUCGAUAACGCGCAGCACCUGAGUCGGCUGAACAACAACAAGGUGCCGUCCAACGCGGAAAUCGCCAAGAAACGGAAAAAGUUCAACUUGGACGGCGCCGACGGCCCGAAACCCAGCGACCCCGAGUACAACGCAGGCGAUCUGUCCAAUCAGGAGAAAUUUCUCCUCGAAACCAAGGCGGCUUUGAAAAGUUUGUCGGGCAGCUGGCCCAAUUCGCAAAACCCUUCCGACGACCGUUACGAAAAACCAAAUUUUGAAAAUUUAUUCGAAGAAAAUGGAAAAAAGUUCGGCCUAAUCGCUCCGGUCAGUUCGAGCAAAAGUAAGGCGCCGACCAACAACAACAAGGGUAGUGAAACCAUAAAAGACGUGGUCACUCUCAGUAGCUCAAAUAGUAACGUCGUUAGUGAGGAGAAGGAGGACAAAUCAGUUGAAAUUCCGGAGGAUACAAACAGGGAGCAGGGAAAAGUCGGCGAGGAUCAAGAGCCGGAGGAGGAGAAAAGAAACGCGCAAGAACCGGCCAAACCGCAGCUCGAGCCGAAAAAGAACGAAAAUCCAAUAGAGAAUUUGCUGAAAAUCGAAACCGAGUGCGAGAAGAUCCCGGCCAAAGACGAGAAGAAGCAGUUUUUCUACAACAAUCAGUUUGACAAAUCAGAAUUCAACAGUUUCAAACUCAGCGACGCAACGUACGUCCCGUCGGCGCCCUACGAAGAAGGGCCCAAGGAGAGGAUCGUGGACAGUCCCAACUCGCCAGGCAGCGGAAAGCGGUACACCGUCCUCCAACCAGCGUCCGCCGACUCCAAGGCCGCCAGCCAGAUUCAGGACAUUGCCAAAAUCGGGGUCAAUGUGAUCCAGCCUUCCAAAGAGAACGCCCUGGACGCGGACAAGUUGAAACCGGGCGACGAACCGCCCCUAUCGCCGGACAAUCCAUCAAACGGCAGAGAGGGUAACAAGUGCCCGACGCCGGGCUGCACCGGCCAGGGCCACGUGACCGGACUCUACUCGCACCACAGGAGUCUGUCCGGAUGUCCUAGGAAGGACAAGGUGACGCCGGAAAUUCUGGCGAUGCACGAGACGAUUCUGAAGUGCCCCACGCCCGGUUGCAACGGCCGAGGUCACGUCUCGACCAACAGAAACACCCACCGCAGCCUGUCGGGCUGUCCAUUGGCCGCCGCCUCUAAACAGGCCUCCCGAGAGAAGACCAAAUUAGCAUCCAACAUGUCUUCGCGAGCGAGUUCUCUGUCUGGAGACUACUGCUCGUACAGCACAAAAGGCGUCAGCCCGUGCAGCCAGAGUCCCAAUUCGCAGAGCUCAAGCGACGCCAAGCCGUGCUACACCAUGCUGCAGCAGUCGGCCAAAUCUCCACUGUGCGUCGCUUCGCCGUCGCACGAGUUUUCGGCCCAGUCUCCGUACUACAAACAGUCUGAAAAAAACCUUGAAUACCGACUUUCAGGGGCGCCAACUCCUCCACCAAUGAAGCGCUCCCUGUCCGAAGACUCACCAGCCACCCCACUCGAGGACAGACGCUACCUCAAGUCUGAGGACAGCGGUCUCGCCUCCAGCGGUUCCAGCAACGAAAUCGAGUCAAACAAGGUUCCCAAGGCGGAGGUGGCAGCCGCCUCCGGAGGGCCCUCGUCGGCCGCGUGCCGAAUGUCCUACGAGUACCACCAGGACUCAAACUCGUCCAGCAGCUGCAUCGACCCUGCCAUGAGCGCCCAGCCGCCUCCGCAGCCUCCGCCGCCCCCACCGGCCGCCUCCAUCGGCCCCCAGCCGGCGGCCAGUGGCCAACAGCCCCACCAACAGCAACAGCAGCAAUACGCGGCGCUGGAGGAUGCGAGGUACGAGAGCGACAUGUACCGAUACGGGGUGUAUUCGCACCCCGAACGACCGUCCUACGAGCACGUCAUGUACGACCAGAGGGCGGCCAUGUACUCCUACUCGGACCUUUCACAUGUUCCGUCUCACUACGAAAACCAGCAGCACGGUUCAGUAAGCGUCGGAAAGGAGGGCGAAACUCAACUUCCGAAUUCAAAUUUAUACCAGCGGUCGGUCUAUCCGUACGAAGACUCCUCAAACGCUGCCAGCAGCAUGGGUUCGCAAAUGCCGCCGACACUAUGUCCUUCCACCAUCAACCCAUUCAGCUCAGCGAUCAAUCUAUCGCGGAAGGCCGACGACUCCCCCCUUUCGAUUCGGAACCAAACUCAGAUCUCUCCUGGUGGCUCAGUCAUUGACUUGUCGACGUCCAGCGUUGCGUCCAACAGCCCUCACUACGCAACCAGCAUGAGCCCCCAGCACGUUAACGGCGGCAUCCGGACCAGAGCGCUCGACGGCACGGCCGUGGCCAGUCCGAACCACUUGAGCAACCAGUCGGCCACGGUGCCCAGUCCUCAGGUGCACACGCUGGACCUCAGUGUGAACCGCGGCGGCGAAAGCCCGCUCUACUCGGCGGAGAGUGCGGCGGCGGUUGCCGCCAUCCAGGGCGCACACCCGCCCGCUACUGCUCGCCGCUUCCUAUCGCCCGUCGAGCAGACCGAGCCCGUCGACUUUUCCACCGCCAACGAGCCUGUCAACUUCAGCGGCAGUCGCCUCGUGGCGCUACCUCCCGGCUACGCGUACAGCAGGACUUCCAGUCCCGAGUCCACCCAGCAGCCCUACCUCGACUACAGGGACAACCCUGCCGCCGUCGCAGCAGGUCUGACCUCGGGCUACAUCAGCCCGCACUACUCGUCGGUGGUGCCCACGUCGGAGUACUCGGGCUACAACCCGUAUUAUGCGUGCAACACGAGCAACCUGUCAAACUCCCCUUACGCCAAUUACCACGCGAGCAACGCCGGCUACGCCAACUGCAUCCCCCAGGCCAACAGUGCCAGUUCUUAUUCUUCCAUGUUACCCUCGUCAGCGGCCGGCGGCGCCGUGAACGGCGUGGCUGGCGGUGACGGCAUGGGCAAGAAGGACGACGUCGGUCUGUCCGGCUGCUCGCGUUCCGACCGCGGAUCUGUGCAGCCGCACUCGCAGGAGCUGAAAUGUCCAACCCCCGGUUGUGACGGCUCAGGACACGUGACCGGCAACUACUCGUCGCACCGCUCUUUGUCCGGCUGUCCAAGAGCCAACAAACCCAAGAGCAAGCCGCGAGACGGCCAAGACUCGGAGCCACUGAGUCAAUUUUCCCCUAGGUGUCCCAUUCCAGGUUGUGAUGGAUCAGGUCAUGCCACCGGCAAGUUCCUGUCGCACAGAAGUGCGUCCGGCUGUCCCAUAGCCAACCGAAACAAGAUGAGAGUGAUGGACAGUGCUUCGGCGGGAAGUUCCCUGAUGGGCGGUCCCUCGGUGGACCUGCACCACAAAGACGUCGGCUACUUUGCUGGCGCGAUGGCCGCCGCCGCCGUGGCCGGAGGCAUCAAGUACGACCAACUGCAGCCGUCGUCUGCAGGUCACCUCCCCUCGGGCGCUGGCGGUGCCAGUCUGCAGCCGGGGGGCUGCAGUGGGGGUGGGGCGGAUGGCAGCAGCAACCUGACAGUGACGCAUUUAGGACCUUCAUUCCUGGCGCACCGAGCGAGCUGUGGCACCAGCAGCCCGACCCACCCCCCAUCCAGCCUCUCGCCACCACCUCCUGCUGGACUGCUCAAUAACAAAGUUGUGAAGAACAAGUACUCGGCUGGUGAACACCACGUGCUCGCCAGCAUGUACAAGCCUAAUAAUUUGGGACCUCCUACUGAUAAUAACAAUGCGCCAGGUGAAGGCGGGGAAGAUUUAAUGACGCUGGAGGCCGAAAUUAGUGAGCUGCAGCGCGAAAACGCUAGGGUAGAAUCGCAAAUGUUGCGUUUGCGGUCAGACAUUACUGCAAUGGAAGCGCACCUGAGAAGUGGAGAUAAGGAAACCCCGGAAAUUGCUCAAAGAAGUAACGACUUAACCAAUUACUACGAGAGUAUUAGGAAUAACGUGAUCACGCUGCUAGAGCACGUGAGGAUACCCGGUAACCAAGAUAAGCUUGCUCACGACAACUUCGAUGCGUACAUCACCAAGCUGCAAAACCUGUGCAACUCCGGCGACUGUCCGCCUCCGUCAGGCUACUCGACCAGUCACCACCUUUACCAGAGUGGCGCCAACCCUUACGCGGGCAUGGACGCGGACACCGGCAGACCCAUCAUUUUUGAAUCUGUGAAGAACGCCCUGCAAGAUUAUCACUGUUUACCAACGCCCAUUUAAAAAAUUGUCACAUAAAAUUUAGUCAUUAGAUGUUGAGAUACACGGUGGUUUACGUACUCUAUUCUCGCAAAAAUUUAGCAUCAAGACACACAGCCCGUCAUGCAGUGGUUCAAAAAUAUUUAUGGAUGUGCGUGCAAAAUGUAUGGGUAGAAGAGACACUUGAUUAUAGAAUGGCAGAUGUACUAAACAAAAUGUGUGUAUUAACGGAAUUUCUUUUUUUUUUAAUUCUUUGCGCAUUUCAUUCCUGCAAUUUUUCCAAAUUUUUGAAAGUUUUCUCAAUUUUUUCCUAAUGGCUUUUUGGUGAUGUGCAAUCAUUUUAUCUCCUGUCACCUGUUAAAACGCUCAAUUCUGAUAAAUUAGUCAUGGCGAUACGAUUAAGAGUGAAAUUAGUUGUUAGCGGCAUGCAAGAAAUCUUUCGGUGUGUAAAUAUUUAAAAUAUGCAGUAUACUGGACAGCGCAUUCAAUCUCCCCGCUUUCAUAACGAAUUAGCGUAAAAUACAUAUUAAGGAAAAAAUAAAUAAAAAAUUAAGGCAGGAAUAUGAAACCCAAAAAUCGCAGAGAACUAAAAAAAUCCUCUCAUGUUUUUGUAGUAAAUAGCUCCGGGCAUUGUAAAGUGAAUUGUGUACAUUAAUCAAACUCUCUAUCUAUUUGCUCAAAAAUCCACGGCAGAGAAGCGAGACAACUCGCACACUCGAGUAAUGCAAGAUAAAACAACAUUUCCUCUGCUCUGAAAAAAAUUAAAUUUUUCUUUAAAAUUAUCUGUCUCUUGUAAAAAUUUGAAAAUGGUACAUCUUUUCAUUUGUAAAGAAGUCGGGCUAACGUACAGGGAGAUGCAAAACCAGUUUUGGAAAACUCAAUGUCUUUGAUGUCCUCCAAGUAUAAUAUUAUUCCUGUUAGCUGGAGCUGAAUAUUACUUUGGUCAUCAUGAAUGAAUCUCUCUCCUCUCUUACUGUGAUUUAAUUGGUUCACAAUCUCAUUUUAUAGCUGUGCUCCAUUUAAUUACUCUCCUAGUUUUGCAAUAUCUAGUCUUUAUAAACAUAAAAUGAUUUUUUAGGAGGCUGAAGUUUAUUGAACUCCUACGAAACGAUCUAUUGAUCUCUAUGUUUACCAAUUAAAUAAAAAUUAGUGUUAUGUGUAAAGAUAUAAAGAUGACCCAGUUAAUUGAGCAAGUAGUAAAAAAAAACAAAUGCCACAAGUAUAUAAUUAAUUAUUCAUUAAAGGGAGAAAGAUUUUUCCAGCACAUACAUAUUUUAACGGCUUUUGUAUAUAAUUUGCACAAAACAUUUUUGCGAUUUUAGCCUCCAGCAGCAUCCACAUGAUAGAAAAAGAAUAACUGUUGUAAAUAAAAUUAUGCUCAACUUGUUCGACUUCAUUGUACGUCCUUCUAUCACAGCUUAAACUCGAGAGUUCGAAAAACGCAAUGUUAAAAGCAGACGAGAAUUUUUUCUGAUAGUUUUUUCUGCUCGUUUGGUUGUUACGAUCAAAGCAUGAUGUUUUAUCACACAGUUGUUUUGUUGUCUGUUACCAAUUAUGCAAUAUGCUGACCAUUUAUAUAAUAUUAGAAAUAAAUUUAAAUAAAAAAACGCUCCCAGAAACUCAUCAAUCAACCUGGGCGCUGAGGAAAAUUUGUCGAUUGGGAAUAAAAUUUUUGUUUGCGCAGCUCCGUAAAUGUUACAAAAUAUGAAAUCAUCAGUGUAAUCCAAAAACGUAGAUGGAAUGAGA